CAAAGGUCAAGGUCAGGCGCAAUUGCAGACGCCGAUCGGACCAGGAAGCCCCCAACCAGGGAACGCUAUGGGGGACGACUGCGUUGCUUGCUUCUGCGCGGGCAGCAGCGGCUGCUUCACCAGCGCCGGAUGCACCUGGAGUGGCGGCAGCCAGUACUGUGGCCCCUUCCACAUCUCCAGACCCUACUGGAUCGACGCGGGGAGCCCGGUGAGGGAGGGCGGGAAUCCGCAGAGUCCCAACCCGUUCGAGGAGUGCACAACGGAUUACUCAUGCGCCACUAGGACCAUAAGGAGUUACAUGGAGAGAUUCAAGCAGGACUGCAACGGUGACGGGGUGAUCGACUGCUUGGACUUCGCCCUCAUUCACAACCAGGGAGGCUACGGCUGCCGAGUCCCGAACCCGGACUCCAUUCCGCUGUACGGUACGGUCCGGGAGUGCAUGUAUCCUCCGAUCGACGCGCGGAUGCAGCCCAGAAGGACUGUCAUCAAGAAGCCGUGAUGCUUUGUUACUUACCGUUACCGUUACCGUUACUUCUGUCUCUCGUCGCUCUGACUCGAUUUUGCGAUGAGUUGAUGCAAAAAUAGGGUUGCAGUGGGGACUGUUGGAUUGUGUUUUUUUUUUUCACU